AUGUGCGUUGCCAACUUCUGCAACAUAAGGUGGACGGGGAUGAGACCAGCACAGCCAUGUCUGCUAGAAAUCUGCCGCAUCACCUUCGUUUACGUUCCAUCUGCAUUGCGGUGGGAUGUCCAUGGUGAGGCACACAAGUAUGUCACCGAGCUUAAAGUCAGGGUUGGCCAUUGCAAGACGGACAACUCCAUAGACGCGCUACGCUCCCGAGCUGCGCACUCAGUCCUGGACUUGUGGAGUUCCACUUUCCAGGAUCCAACUUACCGAGGCUCUGAAUUCUUAGAGCUUCAACAGCCUGACGGGCAGCCGCUACAGCCAUCGUACCUCAAUGGGGGACCUUGGCUUUCAACAUUCGGACACAGUAUCACUGAGUUCGCUCAUGUCUGCUGGUGUAUAACUGGCCACAUGCCCAUUGGAGCGUAUUACCGUCACUUCAAGAUCAAUGAGCCUCAUGGCUGCACUGUGUGGGUUGUGGCACUCGCAUCCCGGUCAGCAUAUCCUGCUUUCUCUUGGGGAUAUUGCAUCGUUUUUGAAGCACAACCCUACAGCGUUUGGCUUCAACCGGGACCCUUUGGGGGUCGGAUGAUCGUUGCGGGCGGGGGUUCGGAGACCUGCACCCGCAACUACUUCUUUGCGCUUGCGGCCCACUAUUAUAGCGGGUUGCAGCGCCGCUAA